GGAUAUGGUGGAAUGAUGAACCCAAUGAGCAUGGGGAUGGGGAUGGGAAUGGGAAUGGGAAUGGGCUUCGGCGGAAUGAUGCGUGGAAUGAUGGGUGUAAUGAUGGUAAACCAAGUAAGCAAGUCGGUUGGUAAAGCAUUGGUGGACAUAACGAAAGAGGCUGUGGCAGCAAAACGAAUUACUGCUUCGGCUGCCGCAGGCGCAGGUGGUGGUGCUGAGGAUAAGGGUGAAAGCGAAGGAACAGAUGGAGGUGCUUCGGGAGGUGAUGGAGAGGAUAAAAAGGAUUCCGAGAACGCGACAGAUUCCAAAGACGCUGGAAAAAAACCCACUACGUCUGAGAAAAAGUCAGGAAAGGAUAAGGAGUCCAAAGACUCGAAGGAUUCGUAAGGUGCAGCAGGAGAAACUACUACACCGGACAAAGAGUCAACUUGACUCGGCAUUGCCACGCUGCCGCAGCGGAGAUCAACACUCGAGAUGAAAAUAGUCUGCGAGAAUGACUUAAUGGUCCAUGAUAUCACGCGCUCUUCUAAAUGCAGGAAGUCAGUUUAGACACCCUGAUAUGAGGCGCGCGAUACUUCGCCCCAACCCUUCAUGCGCCUCGAAGUCAUCUCUGUAAAUAAAGAUGUUUUUACGACCA